AUGAGCAACGAAUAUCCCCCAGACGACAUAGACCUCCUCUCGUCGCCCGUCACCCUCCCAAAUGGUGUCGUCAUUCCCAACCGUCUUGCCAAGGCGGCGAUGGAGGAAGGUCUGAAGGGCGGUCUGCCUGGGCGAAGACAUCGGCGCCUGUACAGACGUUGGGGACGGGGUGGAUGGGGUGUGGUGUUGACAGGAAAUGUCCAGGUGGACGCGGCGCAGCCCGCGACACCACACGACCUGCGUAUCCACGACUCGCCACACACCGUUCCCCUCUUCCACGAGCUUCACGAGAGCCUACUAGCCGAUGCGCCUGAUCCCCGACCCUUGACGCUGGUACAGCUAAGCCAUGCCGGGAUGCAGUCGUCUGCGACGUACUCGCUGACCCGGGCGCCGUGGGUCCCCUCGAUUGGUCCCAUCUCGGGUCGCCCUUCUGUAGGGACGGGAUUCGUUGCGUGGGCAAUCGAACGCGCUCUCUGGCCAGUCGCCGCUCGCGCAGUGACUAACCCUGCCGAAUGGUGCGAGAUUGCCGGCAAGUUUGUGGACGCCGCAACCGCCGUCGAGGACGCGGGGUGGAGCGGCGUCCAACUCCACUCUGCACAUGGGUAUCUAUUGGCCGAGUAUCUCUCUCCCCUGACAAAUCCGCAUCCACGACCACUGCCAGGAGUGCCUGAACGCGUGCCCGUGCGCCUCCACCUCCUAUGGCUCAUCUUGACGGGCAUCCACACCGCGACGGAACGUACAUUCGUCAAGGCGCUCAAGAUCAAUUGCUCGGAUUUCGUGGCUGGUGGACUGGACGAAGACGCGUCCGCUGAGAUUAUUCGCGAGAUCGUGCGCUGGCGUCUUGUCGAUCUCCUUGAAGUAUCAGGGGGAACGUACGGCAACCCGGCAUUUGCGGAGAUGGGCCGAGAAGCCCUCUUCGCGCACUUUACGCGUGCGUUACUUCCCACCCUUCCCCCAGCGCCAGAGGGACCGGCGAUCAUGCUCACGGGCGGAUUGCAUGACCGUUCCCUCAUCGCGCGGUGUAUCCGUUCCCGAGCAGCAGACCUCGUCGGGAUUGGGAGGCCAGCUGCGCUCCAACCCGAGCUGCCCGUCAAGGUAUUGCUUAACCGAGCUUUGGGGAAGGGGAAGGCGCGCGUCCCGCCAUACAUUAUUCCCGGGAGCGAGUUUUACCGCCGCCUCCUCGGGGGCGGCAAGAGCCGUCCUCAUUCCAAAGCGAGGAAUGGGUUCCGGGAGACGAACGGGGUAGUCGCGCGCCGAGAUGAAGGGAACGGGAUCAAGCUCGUCGGCGCUGGCGUCUCGACCGUUUGGCAUGAGUGGCAGAUGGCAAGGAUUGGGCGGGGUGAGAAUCCCGAUCCCACCCUCGACUUCCUGCGUGGCGCGCUCGCGAAUACUCUCUGGCACGAUAUCCUGGGCGGUGGGCCGCGGGGUUGGUACCGUCAUUGGAUGGGGACGGAUUAG